ACGUUAAAUGUACACAUAUGGGAAAAAAUUAAGAGUAUUAUUGCAAUUUAAUUUUAAUGGACAUUGUGAAUUUUGGCGGGAGCAGUUUAAAAUUUAUAUUGUUUCGUUAAACAAGUUUAACGGGUUAGCGACCUGGCGAAGCGAAGAUAUUCAACGAUCGGUGUGCAUCGACAAUGUUGUUGGUUUGUAACAGUUAACCGCGCUUCGUGGUGUAAAGCGGUCGCGAUGAUAUUCAUAGUGGCCGCUAUUUUAGCGGCAUUUUGUGCCGUGUGGUGGUUUCUCGGAUUCUUCGCAACAUGUGGCGUGGGGCUCGGUCUAGGUAUUUUGUAUGCCCUAAUAUUCCAUACAAGAUGGUGCUACGUUGCACUAGUGACUACUCCAAGGGAUAUCAGAGCACUAAUUUGUUACUUCAAGAUAUUACUACUAACAUGGCAGCUGACAAGGAAGAAUUGGACUUUGCCUGAUAUAUUUCAUUUUGUAGUCCAACAACAUCCAGAAAAACCUUGUUUUAUUUUUCAAGAUGAAACUUGGACUUUCAAAGAGGUUGAAGAUUUCAGUUUACGUGUAUCAGCAGUACUCAAAGCCAAUGGUGUAAAGAAAGGAAAUGUUGUGGGUUUAUUGGUUAACAAUUGCCCACAACUGCCAGCAUUAUGGCUAGGCAAUGCAAGGCUGGGUGGUAUAACACCACUCAUCAAUACUAAUCAACGGGGAAAUGCUUUGAUACACUCUAUAAACGUGGCCAAAUGUGAUGUAUUGAUAUUUUCCGAGGAAUAUCAGGCAGCCGUACAAGAGAUUGCAAGUGAGCUCGGAGAUUCAAUCAAAUUGUUUAAAUUCACGCAUCGGCCGUUAAAUCCAUCGAAAUCUUCGGCGGAUGGCAGCGGUGACAGUGUUCGCGACUUCACGGCCAUGUUGGAAACCACACCUCCAGCUACUUGGAGUUUGGCAGAUGCAGACGGUUUCCAUGGAAAAUUGUUAUAUAUCUAUACCUCUGGUACCACAGGUCUUCCGAAAGCAGCUGUAAUUUCUAAUUCUAGGUUCGUGUUCAUGGCAUCAGCUAUACAUCACAUGAGGCUGCAGUCUUCGGACACAAUAUACUGUCCGCUGCCGCUGUACCACACCGCGGGGGGUGUCAUCAACGUGGGUCAGGCGCUGCUGUUCGGAUGCACAGUUAUUCUCAAGAGCAAAUUCUCAGCGUCACAAUUCUUCCCAGACUGCGCAAAAUAUAAGGCUACGGUGGCGCACUACAUCGGAGAGAUGUGCCGCUACGUGCUGGCCACGCCCCCCUCCCCCGCGGACACGCAACACAACGUGCGCGUCAUCUUCGGCAACGGACUGAGACCACAGAUUUGGAAUGAUUUCCUUAAGCGAUUCAAUAUAAAACAUGUGCUUGAAUUUUACGGAGCUACUGAAGGCAAUGCUAACAUAGCCAAUACGGACGGUACUCCCGGCGCAAUAGGUUUCGUGUCUCGUAUCUUGCCCAGUAUAUAUCCCAUAGCUAUCAUCAAAGUGAAUCAGGAGACAGGGGAACCUAUACGAGAUUCGAGAGGACUCUGCCAACUGGCAAAUCCAGACGAACCUGGUGUAUUCAUCGGGAAGAUAUCUCCCAACAACCCGACGCGGGAAUACCUCGGAUAUGUCGACAAGUCUGCUUCAGAGAAGAAAGUUGUUAGAGAUGUCUUCAAAUACGGCGACUCCGCUUUCAUAUCUGGUGACAUUUUGGUGGCGGACGAGCUGGGCUACUUGUACUUCCGGGAUCGAACCGGCGACACGUUCCGAUGGCGCGGCGAGAACGUCAGCACCACUGAGGUGGAGGCCGCCAUCUCCAGGGUCGCUGAUCACAGGGACGCUGUUGUAUACGGAGUCCUGGUACCGAAUACAGAAGGUCGUGCGGGAAUGUGUGGUAUUGUGGAUACCAACGGGUCACUGGACCUGGACAAGCUGGCCCGCGACCUCGCACGACACCUGCCUGCCUACGCCAGACCUGUCUUCAUACGAGUUAUGACCUCCAUGGAUAUGACUGGUACAUUUAAAAUGAAGAAAAUUGAUCUACAAAAGGAAGGCUUCGAUCCAAGUCUGGUAAAGAAUGAUAAAUUAUAUUAUUUAGAUCUGAAACAAGGUCGCUAUCUGCCGCUGGGCGCUGACGAGUAUGAGAAAAUAGGCAAUGGAAAAAUAAGACUGUAGAUAAAGUCACAACUAGUUAUUGAAUAACAAAAGACCCGACUGACUUUACCCCUAACAGUAAGGGGAAGUAUACGAUUCGUAUAAUUUCAAAUUAUUAAAUCGGAUAUGGUGUUUAGGUUACUAGCGGUCACAAAAUAAACCUUACCCUUAUGUUAGUCGGGCAAGAACAAAUUUUGAUACAAUUAAAUAUUUGGUUUAUAAAAAAAAA